CCGAUUUAUGGAGGCAGGUAAAAUAACUACACCUAAAAUGCCUUAUCUAAUCCUGUUGCAACAUUAAGCAUAAACUGGGUUUUGACACAAAUGCAGCUAAGAAAUCUGUGAUGGAGAAGCCAGCACUGCGCUGGAAGACCUUCAAUUUUCUUCAUGAAAAUGCUUUCGAUCAAAAGGGCGAGAAGUUCCAGUAGGACUCUGUCUCGGGAAAUUCAGCCAAGUAAAAGGAUCAAUGCUCAUAUCACUGUAAUGGGUUUUGUUUAUUGUGACAUCUGCUCCAACAACACCUUCUCAAAAUACAGCUACUUCAUUCCAGGUGCAGAAGUCCAAAUUGAUUGCAAAUUCAAAGCGAGUUCACCAAGAACCAAAGAACAAAUAACAUUCUCAGUGAAUAGAACUACAAACAGACAUGGAGUUUACAGGUUAGAUAUACCAUCUGUUGAUGGAAUUGCAUGCGCAGAAGCGGCUAUUGCAUCCACAUGCGAGGCAAGGUUAAUGUGGAGUUCAUUGGAUUCAUGUAAUGUUCCUGGUUACAGAACCACAACCAAUCAGAUAGCAUUCAAAUCCAAGCAAGCCAAUCUCUGCAUCUACAGUCUAUUUCCACUGAAUUUCAGACCAUCAAAGAUUGAUACUAGUCUAUGUGGAAACUAGAAAGACGACUUCUCAGGUUCUCCACUGUCAUUAUAAUUUCCUAAAUUACUACCCUUUUGGCUUUUGCUUUA